CAGACACCUCCUAUGCAGUCAACUUCACAUUAAGCAUCAGUAACAUCAGCAUGUCUAAGAACCCUGACCUCAGGAACGACACCUACACCCAAGUGGAGAACAUCAUCAAUAAUGCUCUUAACACGCUUCUAAAUGAUGCUGGUGCAGAGCCAUUCGAACCCCAGAGCUCUUUCUUCACUGGUAACAGGAGUUCAGGAAACCAGGUCAAUGGUGAUAUGAAGUACUACUUCCAAGACGGAGACACCAAAACACCAGCAGCCUUCCUGAAUGAGCUUAAACCUGUAUCUGGUUCAGCUGUGGUUCAGAACAGGAUGGUCUUCAAUUCCUCCUCCCCUGUUCCCAGUGAGAGUUUGGUCCUCAGUGCGAUCCAGACUCUUCUCAGUGCUCGACUCACAAACCUCUCUGACUCUGUAAAAGUGCUGAACUUCACCUACGAGAAAAUUUCAGACACCUCCUAUGCAGUCAACUUCACAUUAAGCAUCAGUAACAUCAGCAUGUCUAAGAACCAUGACCUCAGGAACGUCACCUACACCCAAGUGGAGAACAUCAUCAAUAAUGCUCUUAACACGCUUCUAAAUGAUGCUGGUGCAGAGCCAUUCGAACCCCAGAGCUCUUUCUUCACUGGUAACAGGAGUUCAGGAAACCAGGUCAAUGGUGAUAUGAAGUACUACUUCCAAGACGGAGACACCAAAACACCAGCAGCCUUCCUGAAUGAGCUUAAACCUGUGUCUGGUUCAGCUGUGGUUCAGACCAGGUUGGUCUUCAAUUCCUCCUCUCCUGUUCCCAGUGAGAGUUUGGUCUUCAACACAACCCAGACUCUUCUCAGUGCUCGACUCACAAAACUCAGUCACUCUGUAAAAGUACUGAACUUCACCUAUAAGAAAAUUUCAGACACCUCCUAUGCAGUCAACUUCACAUUGAGCAUCAGUAACAUCAGCAUGUCUAAGAACCCUGACCUCAGGAAUAACACCUACACCCAAGUGGAGAACAUCAUCAAUAAUGCUGUAAACAUGCUUCUAAAUGAACCUGGUGCAGACCCAUUCAAACCCCAUAGCUCUUUCUUCACGAGUUCAGGAAACCAGGUUAAUGGUGAUAUGGAUUACUACUUCCAAAACGGAGACACCAAAACACCAGGAGCCUUCCUGAAUGACCUUAAACCUGUAUUGGGGAAUGUCGUGAUACGUAUUCGCCUAGUUUUUAAGAACUUGACUAGAGUACCUAGUGAAGCUGAUGUUCUCAAUGCUGCUAAUGCUCUGCUGGACUCAAAGAUCAGAAAAGUACGAGCUCUUGUAACACAAAAACUGAGUGAUCCUGUGAGCAUACAGGAUGUCAUCUAUGAAAAAACUGGCAACAACUCCUACAUUAUAAGCUUUGCAUUUAAAAUCAGCAAUGUGACCAUCUCCAAGGACCUUCAGCUGAGGAAUGACACAUAUGUUUUAAUACAAAACACCAUCAACAGCCUGCUGAACACUAUUCUGAAUGUGAAAGAUGCUCCUGCGUUUGUCUUUCCACAAGCAAACUACACGUUUAAUGGUACAGCAAUUGAGGCUAAUUCCGAAUACAUCUUUGUGGAAGGUGAAACCAAGUGGACACCAAGUGGAUUUCUUUCUGCAAUACUCAACAUUAGUGGGUUGUCGACCUUCACCACUCCUGCUGCUCAAACCGAAUCCACUGUCCAUGUAGUCCUGAGGCCCACAGUGCAAGCACACAGCAACACCACCACCACUGGAGGAAAUUCUGCAUGGAUCCUGGGAAUCAUUAUCCCCUGCAGUAUAGUCAUUAUUCUCAUACCAUGCUGGAUUCUACUCUGUUGUCUGCUGUGUGGCUGCUGUGCUGGUUUAAGGAGACGCUACAACAGAAGACGAUCCUACAAUGUCCAAUACACAACACGAAAUGGACUCUUUUAAAAACAGUUAGAUUGUAAAAUAAUUUCACGAAAAUAUUAUUUACAACUAUUAGACUCUAUUUCGUAUAUAUAUAGUUUAUUUAUCUGUUUCAUUAUAAAGUUUCUUUUUAUUUGUAUACCUAUGUAAUUAUUUAACUAGUUUCAUUCUAUUUACACAUAAUUUUAUUUCAACUAAGUACAAAAAAAGUAAGCUACAUAUGGUCUAUUAAAGUGAAUUAUUAAACAGGAUCAUGUAUAUAUACUGUCCAAACUAAUGUUCAGUUAUGUUGUAAUUUAACUUAUAUUGAUCAAUGUAACAUAUUUAUUAAAGCUAUUUAUCAUAAAGCUAAUUGAAUAA